UAAUGUCCCUUUGCAAAAAUAGAUUACAGGAAGAAAGAAAACAAUGGAGAAAGGACCAUCCCUUUGGGUUCUUUGCCAAGCCAGUCAAGAGCACUGAUGGCGCAUUAGAUUUGCAGAACUGGACCGCCGGUAUUCCGGGGAAACCAAACACCUUGUGGGCCAACGCUGUGUUCCCUGUUACGAUCAGUUUCCCAGACGACUAUCCGGCCAAGCCGCCAAAGGUCAGGUUCCCAGCCGGUUUCUACCACCCGAACGUGUACCCAUCCGGGACCGUGUGCUUGUCCAUUUUGAACGAAGAAAAGGACUGGAGACCGGCCAUGACCUUGAAGCAGCUUUGUCUCGGUGUCCAGGAGUUGUUAGACACGCCCAACCCAGACUCCCCGGCCCAGGAACCAGCCUGGAAGGCCUUCAUGAAGGACAAGGAGACGUACGAGAAAAAGGUGAAGGAACAGUCCUUGAAGUUUGCCAAAUAGGGCCAGAAGUGAAUGGUGAAGGAAUGGCCUACCAAAUAGAUGGCACGGACAAGUCUGCUAGCAGGUGCUAUCGGAGCGGCCGUGUAGACUUGUUCCAGAGUGUAUUGUAUUAAUAAAAUAAUUAAAUGAUGGAAUAUGUGCGG